ACUAGUGCUGGCAGGAUACCGUCUAGGUCUUGGGCGCCGUUGAUCUAAGGUCAUGGCUCUGCUUGCUGCUCCCACCCGCUCCAGUUUAAAACCUGCGGUUCCAAGGUUCUCCGGCUUCUUCCUUUCUCAUGCUCUAAGGCUGAGAAGGCCCAAAGCGAAGACAGAGAGGACCCGGAAGUAGGGAGGACCUCCGAGCACGUGAUGGGGGAACACGCGGGUGCUGUCACGUGACGCGACAACCUGCCUCCUCACUGUGCCGAACGUUCUGCUGCUCUUAAAGACCCUCAUCCCUCCCGUGGGAGCCCCCUCUGGACACUUUGUGACCCUGGACCCUUGGGGGACCUGAACUUGGUGCCAUGGGAGGCUGUGCGGGCUCGCGGCGGCGCCUUUCGGAUUCCGAGGGGGAGGAGACCGUCCCAGAGCCCCGGCUCCCUCUGUUGGACCGUCAGAGUGCGCAUUGGAAGAACGCGGUGGGCUUCUGGCUGCUGGGUCUUUGCAACAAUUUCUCUUACGUGGUGAUGCUGAGUGCCGCCCAUGACAUCCUUAGCCACGAGAGGACGUCAGGAAACCAGAGCCAUGUGGACCCAAGCCCAACGCCCAUCCCCGACAACAGCUCAUCACGAUUUGACUGCAACUCUGUCUCCACAGCUGCCGUGCUCCUGGCGGACAUCCUCCCGACACUCGUCAUCAAAUUGUUGGCCCCUCUUGGCCUUCACCUACUGCCCUACAGCCCCCGGGUUCUUGUCAGUGGGAUUUGUGCUGCUGGAAGCUUUGUCCUGGUUGCCUUUUCUCAUUCCGUGGGGACCAGCCUAUGUGGGGUGGUCUUGGCUAGCAUCUCAUCAGGCCUGGGGGAAGUCACCUUCCUCUCCCUCACUGCCUUCUACCCCAGGGCUGUGAUCUCCUGGUGGUCCUCAGGAACCGGGGGAGCUGGGCUGCUGGGGGCCCUGUCCUACCUGGGCCUCACCCAGGCCGGCCUUUCCCCUCAGCACACCCUGCUGUCCAUGCUGGGUGUCCCUGCCGUGCUGUUGGCCAGCUAUUUCUUAUUGCUCACAUCUCCUGAGCCCCAGGACCCUGGAGGGGAAGAAGAGGCAGAGAGUGCAGCCCGGCAGCCUCUCAUAGGAACCGAGGCCCCAGAGUCGAAGCCAGGCUCCAGCUCCAGCCUCUCCUUUCAGGAAAGAUGGACAGUGUUCAAGGGUCUACUGUGGUACAUUGUCCCCUUGGUCGUGGUUUACUUUGCUGAGUAUUUCAUCAACCAGGGACUUUUUGAGCUCCUCUUUUUCCGAAACACGUCCCUGAGUCAUGCUCAGCAGUACCGCUGGUACCAGAUGCUGUACCAGGCUGGCGUCUUUGCCUCCCGCUCUUCUCUCCGCUGCUGUCAAAUCCGUUUCACCUGGGCCCUGGCCCUGCUGCAGUGCCUCAACCUGGUGUUCCUUCUGGCGGACGUGUGGUUCGGCUUUCUGCCAAGCAUCUACCUCGUCUUCCUGAUCGUUCUGUAUGAGGGGCUUCUGGGAGGCGCAGCCUACGUGAACACCUUCCACAACAUCGCCCUGGAGACCAGUGAUGAGCACCGGGAGUUUGCCAUGGCAGCCACCUGCAUCUCUGACACGCUGGGAAUCUCCCUGUCAGGCCUCCUGGCUUUGCCUCUACACGACUUCCUGUGCCAGCUCUCCUGAUACUCAGGCUCUUUGGGCUCCUCUACCCAUAGGGACCUCCCUCUGCCAGGUUAGACCACCCCAGGGCCCCUCCGCGAACUGUGCGCCCAGCCUUCCCAGCAGGGCCGGGAGCAGGAAAGGGCUGAGCCUUGGUUCCCUGGCAGGGGGCCAGGCAUGGUCUCCCACUCGGGGAGUUUCUUCCUGGUAUCAUGCCCGCUGAAUAAAUGCUGAUUUUAUCCGUGGA